CUGCUGCCGGGACUGGCGGCGGUGUGCGGGCUGAGCGCGGCGCUCCUUUCCGACGGCGUUGCCCGCGUGUGUAGGUCUGCGCCUUGCGAUUUAUUUUAGUGCUCUUGGCGCCGCUCGUCUCGGUCAGCCUGACUUCCGUGCAGGGUGGUGGAAAACUGAGAUUUGCAAAAUGAACAAAGAUGCCCAGAUGAGAGCCACCAUUAACCAGAAGCUGAUAGAAACAGGAGAGCGAGAGCGCCUUAAAGAUUUGCUGAGAGCCAAGUUAAUUGAAUGCGGCUGGAAGGAUCAGUUGAAGGCACAUUGCAAAGAUGUCAUUAAAGAAAAAGGAUUAGAGCAUGUUACUGUUGAUGAUUUGGUGGCAGAAAUCACUCCCAAAGGUAGAGCCUUAGUACCAGACAGUGUGAAGAAAGAACUCUUACAAAGAAUAAGAACGUUCCUCGCCCAACAUGCCAAUCUUUAACUUCGUUGUCUUGGAUACAGCAUUUCUGUUUCUGCAUUAUGUCAAUCGUGUCAGGAUUGGAAUGCAGUUUCCAUGCUUAAGGAUUAAAGUUGUUUUUUGGGUUUUUUUUUUUGUUUGUUUGUUUGUUUGUUUGUUUGUUUUUUAAGAUGAGUUGAAAUUUUGUUGCACUGCAUCAAUUUCUUGCUGUUAUUUUAAUAAAAAAUUCUGUGGA